AUGGCGGCCCCCGGUAAACAUGUAGGGUAUUACAUUUACAAGAAUGGUCGCUUUUUUCUAAGUAAUUUUGAACAAUUCUGGCUUCGGAGGUAAGUUUUACUUUACGCUGGCAUUGCAGUGGCACCUGUUAAUGUAUGGUUGAGUUGUGUGUUUUUGCUCCGGUGACUGACAAGGCAGAUCAUCAUAAUUUGCGUUGUCAGUGACAGGAGGUCACAUAAGUAACUGCUAGCUUGUUGUCAGUACACAACCGAACUAUUUUAAUGAACCUAAUUACAAACAUGUUUAUAUUAUUAAUUUAUGCAUCAUUCAUUUCAGGAACUUUGGAUGGAGUGCAGCAGUUUGUCAACAAAAUGCAUCAACUGAAAGAGGUAACUUUAAAUCAACGAAUGGCACCAAGUAGAAUAAUCUCCAAGAGCCAGACCAGGAUACUGUAUUUCAUAGAUGUUGUUAACUGUGGCGUCCCUCUUUUUCUAACUCUUAUUACAGAGUCUGCAGAGGCAAUUGUCAUUCCCAAAAAGAAAACAUGGUAUGUUGUAUCUAUUUGAAAUCACUCAAGACUGAGUUACCUAUUGUUUGAUAUUGUGAUGAAUAAUAACCAUUCUUGCUCUGACAGGAGCAAAGGGGCUGUGCUGCAGGCUCUUGCAUCCACCGUCAACAGGGUAAGAAGUAUGCAUUGCAUUUCCAUGUAUAUGUUGACAGAAGUAGUAGUAGGCCAUGAUAGCCUAAACAAUGCACAAUCAUCAUUUUCAGGACCCCACUGCACCACAUUACAUGUUCCAGGAUGAUCCUUAUCUUACUCCAAGGACAUCUGCAGAGUUUGUAAGUAAUGGACAGGAGUUUUCUGGAACAGUGCUGCUUCUUUUUAGCCAGUUUGCACUGACGUUUUGUCUUCUUUUCUUGUCCUCUACAGAAAUUAUACUCCCUCUCCCAGGAGUCUGGCAGAAUGGCAGCUAACCACAUUGUCAACAAAAACCCAAAGUUCUUCCAGAAAGACUUUGCUGAACCACAUAUUCCAGUAAGUUUGAUUCUAGUGUGUUGUUUUGAAUGAGGAAAGCUGCACAAUGAUAGAUGGGUAAUAUAGGCUGAUGUGUGUCUGUCCUACAGUGCUUAAUGCCAGAAACCAUGGAGCUGCGUAUUGAGGAGGUGAGUGAGGCAGCGCUACUGGAGCGCAUCAUGCUGAAGAAGGUGAAGGCUGCAGUAGACAUGUACGAUCAGCUGCUACAGGCAGGUAAGUCACCCACAUUUCUAUUAACUGUAAUAUAUUAUUUCUAUUAGAUUGUUAAAUAGCCAUCACUAGCACAUUAGAGGCUGCUGCUGCCUAUUGAAAUCACUGGUCACUUUAAGAAAUUGAACACUAGUCACUUUAAUAAUGUUUACAUAUUUACAUUUACAUUUACAUUUUAGUCAUUUAGCAGACGCUCUUAUCCAGAGCGACUUACAGGAGCAAUUAGGGUUAAGUGCCUUGCUCAAGGGCACAUUUACGUCAUUUAGCAGACGCUCUUAUCCAGAGUGACUCACAAAUUGGUGCAUUCACCCUAUAGCCAGUGGGAUAACCACUUUACAAAUUUUUUGGGGGGGGGGGUAGAAGGAUUACUUUAUCCUAUCCCAGGUAUUCCUUAAAGAGGUGGGGUUUCAAAUGUCUCCGGAAGGUGGUGAGUGACUCCGCUGUCCUGGCGUCGUGAGGGAGCUUGUUCCACCAUUGGGGUGCCAGAGCAGCGAACAGUUUUGACUGGGCUGAGCGGGAACUAUGCUUCCGCAGAGGAAGGGGAGCCAGCAGGCCAGAGGUGGAUGAACGCAAUGCCCUCGUUUGGGUGUAGGGACUGAUCAGAGCCCGAAGGUACAGAGGUGCCGUUCCCCUCACUGCUCCAUAGGCAAGCACCAUGGUCUUGUAACGGAUGCGAGCUUCAACUGGAAGCCAGUGGAGUGUGCGGAGGAGGGGGGUGACGUGAGAGAACUUGGGAAGGUUGAACACCAGACGGGCUGCGGCGUUCUGGAUGAGUUGUAGGGGUUUAAUGGCACAGGCAGGGAGGCCAGCCAACAGCGAGUUGCAGUAAUCCAGACGGGAGAUGACAAGUGCCUGGAUUAGGACCUGUGCCGCUUCCUGUGUAAGGCAGGGUCGUACUCUCCGAAUGUUGUAGAGCAUGAACCUGCAGGAGCGGGUCACCGCCUUGAUGUUAGCGGAGAACGACAGGGUGUUGUCCAGGGUCACGCCAAGGCUCUUCGCACUCUGGGAAGAGGACAAAACGGAGUUGUCAACCGUGAUGGCGAGAUCAUGGAACGGGCAGUCCUUCCCCGGGAGGAAGAGCAGCUCCGUCUUGCCAGGGUUCAGCUUGAGGUGGUGAUCCGUCAUCCAUACUGAUAUGUCUGCCAGACAUGCAGAGAUGUGAUUCGCCACCUGGUUAUCAGAAGGGGGAAAGGAGAAGAUUAGUUGUGUAUUGUCAGCGUAGCAAUGAUAGGAGAGGCCAUGUGAGGAUAUGACAGAGCCAAGUGACUUGGUGUAUAGCGAGAAUAGGAGAGGGCCUAGAACAGAGCCCUGGGGGACACCAGUGGUGAGAGCACGUGGUGCGGAGACAGCUUCUCGCCACGCCACUUGGUAGGAGCGACCGGUCAGGUAGGACGCAAUCCAGGAGUGAGCCGCGCCGGAGAUGCCCAGCUCGGAGAGGGUGGAGAGGAGGAUCUGAUGGUUCACAGUAUCAAAGGCAGCAGACAGGUCUAGAAGGACAAGAGCAGAGGAGAGAGAGUUAGCUUUAGCAGUGCGGAGAGCCUCCGUGACACAGAGAAGAGCAGUCUCAGUUGAAUGACCAGUCCUGAAACCUGACUGGUUUGGAUCAAGAAGGUCAUUCUGAGAGAGAUAGCAAGAGAGUUGGCUAAAGACGGCACGCUCAAUAGUUUUGGAGAGAAAAGAAAGAAGGGAUACUGGUCUGUAGUUGUUGACAUCAGUGUUGGUUUUUUGAGAAGGGGAGCAACUCUCGCUCUCUUGAAGACGGAAGGGACAUGGCCAGCGGUCAAGGAUGAGUUGAUCAGCGAGGUGAGGUAGGGGAGAAGGUCACCGGAGAUGGUCUGGAGAAGAGAGGAGGGGAUGGGGUCAAGUGGGCAGGUUGUUGGGUGGCCUGCAGUCACAAGUCGCAGGAUUACAUAUCUUGCAUUACUCAUCUCAUAUGUAUAUACUGUAUUCUAUUCUAUAAUAUUCUACUGCAUCUUAGUCCAUGACGCUCUGUCAUUGCUCGUCCUUAUAUGUAUAUAUUCUUAAUUCAUUCCUUACUUAGAUUUGUGUGUAUUGGGUAUAUGUUGUGAAAUUGUUAGAUAUGACUUGUUAGAUAUUACUGCACUGUUGGAGCUAGAAGCACAAGCAUUUCGCUACACCCGCAAUAGCAUCUGCUAAACAUGUGUAUGUGACAAAUACAAUUUGAUUUGACAUUGGGGGUGUAUUAUGGGGGGGUUCAAUAACAGACUGUGAUUAGAAAUGUUUGUGUGGUAAGUGUCUUCCUGUUCUCGCUGUACAGGCACCACCGUGUCUACUGAUGCCUCUAAUGACCUGCUGGACCUUAUUUGUCUCUAUGGAGACCGUGACCCUAUGCAAGAUGACAAGCCAGAGACAGAAGAUGUGGUAGGAUAUUAUUUAUGCUGCCUCUACUUGUUUAAACUUUAUAGCUAGUCCUUCUAUCACAGCUUAGUGUUAUUGUUUACCUCUGGACCUCUGUUGGUUUUCCCUCAGGCUCAGGAGGCGCAGGAGGAGGGCCGGAGGAGGAAAGGGAGGCUGCGGAGAGCCUCCGACUUAGUGAGGAUAGUUUGGAGGUGAGUUGUUUGAGUGGCGUUAAGUUUAGAGAGAAAGCGCUGUAAGUAAUGCCUUUAUUGCCAUGCACUAUCCUAUGAACUUAUCAUCUCCUCAUGCAGGGAGAACAACAAUGCAGAGAGGAUCUUUAACCUGCUUCCAGAGCGUGACACACGAGCAUACUCUGCUUUGAUCAGAGGCAUGGUCAAGGUACGUCAGAUGAUGUUGGUUGAAUUUGAAUUGAACAAUGUUCUGUACAGUCGGUUUGUUUCUAAGUUGUUUCUGAUUUAAAUGUGUGUGUGUGUGUGUUAAAUCCCCAGUAUGGUGCUCAUGUGAAGGCAUUCAACGCAUACACUGACAUGCUGAACAACAGACUGAUUGGUGAGUUUAUCUACAAAGACAACAUGCCAUACAAUAAUACAAUACAACUUAUUGUCCAUGUUACAGCGAACAACAGAAUUUGUCUUCUGCUCUCAUUACUCAACUCCCCCAGAGAGAGCGAGAGAGAGCGCGCACACACACACAGACACACACACUCUCGCUCUGUCUGCCAUGAUGGCAUUUACAAUUCUGAUUACUGAUGAUAAUAGUUGCCGUGUGAAUUGGAACAUUUCUUGUCGUUACAUCCUCCAGCGGAUGUCCACACCUUCAAUGCUCUGAUCUCUGCUGCACCAGAGGUCCGGGAGAAGUACAAUGAGAAAUGGGACCUGGUUGUUGUAAGUCUAUAGGAAGCAACUUCUACUGUAGAACCUUUUCCUGUUGUCUAAGGACUGCCCUGCAUGCCCUGUCUGUCUGCCCUGUCUGUCUGCCUGCCUGUCUGCCCUGCCUGUCUGCUCUGUCUGUCUGUUGUUUUUUUGCCCUGCCCUUACAUAUUUUUCUCUGUGUUUCUUUCUUCUCCUUCCUGGGUUCUUAGGACUUGCUAAAGCAGAUGAAUGAGCAGAAGGUGAAGCCCAAUCUGCUGACGUUUAAUGCUGUGCUGAAGGCCCUGCGUCGCUGUGGCUCCUUAGCCAGGGCCCAGUCUCUGCACACGCUCAGUGAGAUGAAGGCUAUGGGCAUUGGUGAGUAGGGAAACGCAUCACUUACCAAUAACACUCCUGAAGGAAAUGAAUGUCAGUACGUGUGAAUUGUAGCAGUGUCCUAACAUAUUAUUUAUUUUAGCACCCAGUUUGGCUUCUUUUGACCAUGUUCUGGGCAUUUUCUACAAAGCAGGUGAAUACCUACAUUUUGUCUUGAUUUCUAUUAUACAGUAUCUUGAUUGGUUUGUGGUGGUAUGUUAGGGAGUGAGUGGCUCCAUGUUUUCUGUUACUCUAAUAUAUUUUGCUCUCUGUCCUGUCUAGCAUCUCCUUCCCAAGGGCAGACUGAUAUCCUACAUGAAGUGAUGACUGAGGUGGCAGGAAGGACCUUCGUUGCUCAGGAUCCAGAUGAUGGUAUGCCUGCAGCAUUUUGAUCUUAAAGACCAAUAGUAGAGGUCCAUAUAUCAAUAACUUCCUUGACCAAGUGAUUCAUGCCAUUUUUAAUGUAGUUUUGACUUUUCCUUUUCCCUCCCAGUAAACUUUUUCUCCAGUGCCAUGAGAAUUGUAAGUAGUCUUGAAUACAUCUAUGUAUGAUUUUGAAUAUUUCAGUAUGUUUGUGGUGACUGUUUAAGACCUGAUGUUGUCUCUGUCCCCAGUGUCUGGAUACCAAGGACAUUGAGGCAGCAUACAGGGUGCAUGACCUGCUCAGUGUGGGAGAGAACUGGAGGCUGCUGGGAGAUUCCUUCCAACAGAGUAUCUAUUAGUGAGUAAACCUUCUAAAAAUGCUUGCAAAUAAACAUAGGAGAGUAGCAUUUCUCCACCUUAUUCCUGGUGGUUUUGCUCCUAUACACUGUCACCUCUGACUUCUUGUUGUUUGUUCAGUGGCAGAUUGUUCAACCUGCUCUGCAUGAUGGAACACAUAGACGUGGUGCUGAAGUGGUACAAAGAACUGAUUCCUUCUGUAAGCACUCAGACAUUGGCAACAUUGACAUUCAAAUUGUAUACAUACUCUCACAUGCAUUCUAAGACUAGUUCUGAACUUCUGUUGUCCAUAGCUCUAUUACCCCAAUCCACAAGGAAUGAGAGAUCUGCUCCAGGCACUGGACACCGAUAACAGAUUGGACAUGAUCCCACAGAUAUGGAAAGGUGGGUUGGAAGUGAAUGUACUGCUAGAUUAAUUAACUAGGUUUCCAUCCAAUUGGCAACAGAUUUUCAUGCGAAUAUUCUAGAAUCCACAUAAAAAAAAUAGGAGCAUCAAGAUCACCGUGCACUUUCACCACCCUGUGAAGUUAAUCAUAAUUUAUUUCAUCUGUAGCCUAAUAAACUGCAUGCUUUCCCGAGUCGUAGUGGGAGGACCACACACCAUAUCAUCGCGUGACUCCAAAUUUACUUCGAUAUUAUGGUUAUUAUAUCAAUAUUUGCGCAUAAAGCCAUUUCUCGCAUCAUUAAUUUUAACUGACACAAAAAGAUCCCACCAGGUUGAAUGAACAAAUGUCUGCAUUUAUAAAAUUACACCGAAACUUCCUGUUUCCAUCACAGCUGUCGUGAUUUUCUUUUAUAUACGAUAUGACUUUACUCGCAUAAGAACUGUGGAUGGAAACGUGGUUAUAGUAGUGGAAUGAAAAAUACUGAACAAUAACCAACAUGUGGAUUGUCUGACAUUAGCAGUUUUUUAGAGAUGUUUGCAUGUAAAGGCCUGUAAUCACCCUCAGCUUUGGUUUACCCCCUACUCCAGACAUCAGACGAAUGGGGCAUGACAACAAGUCCGAUUUAGUGGAUGAGCUGCUGUCACUCAUGGCCAGGGACAAGCACAGCCCUGAGGUGAGGCAUGGAGAGACGGACACCUAGCUAGAAAAUAAAUGACCAUCAUUACACUUAUUUAAUUUUUUACUUAACUGCAUUGUUGGUUAAGGGCUUGUAAGUAAGCAUUUCACUGUAAGGUCUUCGACCUGUUGUAUUCGGCGCAUGUGACAAAUACAAUUUGAUAUGAUUUGAAAUAGUAAUCUACAUUCUGACUGAUCUGUUUGGCUCCAUACAGAUCCAGGAGUCUUUUGCAGUGUGUGCGCUGGAUGUGAGGAGUGUGUAUGAGCAGGGGCAAGGAACCAGGAUGGCUCUGGAGUGGACAGCCACUGCCAUGACCAACAUCACCUCCAUUCUACUGGCAGCCCAGAAGAAGCAGCAGGCAUGGUGAGUAGACCUGGACACACAAGCCAGGGGGUACUUAAGUGGGAGCCAAUUGACGUACGAAACAUCCAGUAUUUUAAUCCUUAUCUUUAUUUUAAUCUAGGGAUAUGUUGAAGCUCUUCAAGACCAAAAACAGAGUUCCAUCGUAAGUGUAUAUUUGACAUAUUGUAUUCACGGUAUGUGAACAUCUUGGGCACCCUAGUUCAGACCCAUCUAUUAACUGUAGUCUGUACUCUUGUAGUGAGGAGCUGAUGGAGGAGUUCCUGGCCAGCAGCAACGACCCUCAGCAAGCCCUGGAGCUGGUACAGAUCUCAGCUAGCUUCUGUCUGCCCACCACCCCCAAACUGGCUGAGAGGGUACUGCAGGAGUUCGAGCUCUCUGAAGAACAAAAGUAUGACAUUCUCUAGUUUUCAUGUGCCAUUAACUCUUUUGGCCACCAGAUAGUCUAAUUUUUAUUCAUGUCCUUGUUCCCUUUCAGGACUAUUCUGUCCGAGCUGGAGGUCUCAACUGAAGUCAGCGAGUGAUGGGAAACUUGUCAUCUGAUGGGAAGUCUAAAUCCUGUAAUCUGUAUUAAACAUUGAUCAUCUACUUGUGUCCGUGGGAAUUGUUCACAUUUAACUACAGCCAAACACCUCUGACACCAAUGCCAGACAAUUCUGAAUGGCCACACUAGAGGUUGAAAUGUAAAAUAUGAAAAUUUAACAGUACAGUUGAUUACUGUAACGUUUGUAGCCAUCUCCAGUACUACAAUCCAUUAAUUGUAAAUGCAGAAGCCAUUAGCUACAGAAUAAAUAUACUGAUUGUGAAAGUCAUGUGAUUAACAAUGUACAAGAGACCACAGAUGAAUAAAUAUAUACCAACUGAACUCGACAGCCACAAUUUAUUGAUAUAUCCAAUAUUAACAGGGAGGAAAUAGCAUGACAAGUGAUUUGAUUCUCCACAACUGGUCAAUAAACCACAAAUAAUUAACAUGAUCAAAUUGAACAAAGCGAGUAACACAUUGUGAGUUGAAACUGUGAACAAGGCUAGUGAGAGACAGGUUACUUUAUAGAGUGGUAUUGGACCAAGUGUCCAGCUAUCAUCUAAACCAGUGGUUCCCAACUCCAGUACCCCCAACAGCCCAAGUGCAGUCCUCGAAUACCCACCAACAGUACAUUUUUAUUGUAGCCCCGGACAAACUCACCCGAUUCGACUUGUCGACUGAUCAUCAAGCCCUCAGUUGAACCAGAUGAGUUUGUCUGGGGUUACAACCAAACAUGUGUGCUGUUCG